GCGGCGCUGCUGGAUUGGGCCUUGGCGGUCGGCGUGCACCAACUCGUGGGCCGCCCCUGCAGCGGCUUGCUACCGGGCUGGAUACACUCGCUGGCCCUCCAGUGCGCGCAUGCUGCCGAGGUCUCCGGCCUGCCGCUGCCCGCCGCCGAGGCGCUCGCGCUUGCAGACGCAGUCGGGGACCCAGCCGCGGCACCCGCCGGGCAGCUGAGCGCGGCGCUCGACCUGGUGUGGCGCGCGCGGCUCGCGGCGGCGUGCGUGCUGCUGCAGCCGGCGCCGGCGCGCGGCGCAGACGGGCAGGGCGUGCGAUCGCCGCCGCGCCUGCCGUCGCCAGAGGACGCGGAGGCGUGGGCCGAGGUCGUGCGGCGGCGGCUGCCGCCGCUGGGACGCCUGACGGGCCUGGAAGCUGACGAGGCGGCGGUUAAGGCAUGCCUGCGCCGCCACGCGGCGGCGCUGCAGCCUGUGACCUCGCUGCACGCAUCCGCUGGGUCGUCCGAGCCGCCGCAGGGUUGGCCGCAGGCACCGGGGGCCCUCGCGCCACCGCCCGACGCGGCGUUCAAAAUCUGCCUGGCGCGCGCCGACGACGCCGCGGCGGGCGCCGCCGGCGGCGAGGGGCUGCAGCGCGUGGGGUCGCUCGUGCAGUCGCUCCUGUCGUUCCGGCGCCGCGCGAGCGCGGACGCCGGGGCGGGCGGGUCCCCGCUUGCGCGGGGGCCGCGGCCGGCGUCGCCCGCUGGGGAUGCCCGGCAGCGGCAGCAGCAGCAGCAGGAGGAGCAGCAGCAGCACGGAUUGCUAGGGUUCCCGUGGGACGUGGCCGUGACGGACGCGGGCGACCGAAUCCGCAGCGUCGCGGCCGCGCGCGGCGCCGGCUACGCCGUCGGCCCGGCCGCCGCCCUCCGCCGGCCAUUUGCGUUCGCGACGCAGCGCGGCGGCAUCCGCCGCAGCGAGCUGGCGGCGCCCGCCGGCGAGGCGGCGGCGGCGGCGGCGGCGGCAGCAGCAGCAGCAGCGGGCGACGAUUUGCAGCAGGGCGGGUCGCUGCUCUCAGGCCUCAUGCAGCAGGUGCUCGACCACGUUCGGUGGCCGCCCGACCCCUGGGUCGUGGGGGAGUACCCCAACCGCCGCAGUCACUCCUUUGGCACCGCGGCCCUCUCGCAGGUCACCGCGGCGGCCCUGGCGGCGCACCCCCAGCGGCCGCUGUUUGUCAGCGGCGCGGCCAGCGGGCACAUCUACAUCUGGCAGUUUGACUCGGAUGGCAGCAAGGCGGCCUACGUGCCUGCCACCGCACAGGCCUCCAAGCGCACCCCCGCGUUCGAGGCCGUCGCGACCCCCCACUGGGGCGCCCCCGCCGCGCUCCGCUUCAGCCGCAGCGGCGCGCGCUUCGGCGCCGUCGGGGACGGCGGGUAG